GUAGUGGAUUGACAUCAGAAAGGUCAAACAGUGGAUGCGAAAAGCCGCCUAAAAGAUGGUUAACUUCCCUGAUAUAACACUUUUCCAAUUAAGUGGGGCCUAUUUGGGCGUACUUGGAGGAAUAUUUCACAAUUGGUCGAACCGACGACCAAUGUAUGCCAGAGCACCUAUGGUCUUUCUUGCUUCGGCAGCUGGUUUUGUUAUAGCAACAAGCGCUCAGUCAAUGUUGGAAAAUCGUAGAAUAACAAAGGAAAAGUAUAUUUUCGACUACAUUAAUACCCAUCCUGAAGAUUUUCCAGAGACAAAACCAGAAAAAUAUAAAGAGGUUCUUGCUCCAUGGAAUCCUCAACGAUAA